CACACUGAUGCUGCGUAAAAGCAGAUGGGCUCAAGGUCAAUCAAUCUGGAUUUCCUCCUCACCGAUGAACUUGCAACGUAUUUGUCCAAGGUUGGUGGUCUAGAUAUAUGCUCUCCAGAACUCAAAAAUUCAAUAAGUCAAGUACUAGAAAAAAGAUCUGUUGUCCCGUACUCAGUUUUAAAUGACUGCUAUCACUUAACAAAGAAGCUCUCGAGUACCGGCAAAGACAAUAUUUAUCUCCAAUUUUGGCGCAUUUCUCUAAACACCUCAGUAGUCCUUCCAGCGAUAAAGCAGACUUUUAAAAAUCAAGGUCUCGAUGCUCAUUUUGAAGAACUAAGAAAUAAGUAUAAUAACAAAUGUUACGAAAAAAUAACGAGAGAUAUUGGUACACCCAUGGUCUUUUCAACAACUUCCAAGGCCCAGAAAACUUGCUUUUCUGAACUCAAAUGCGCUAGAAAACAAUUCGUUAUGGUCCUCAAUUUUAUUGUUAUUGUGAUGUCCGCCUUUGCGUUCGGAUAUUUCCUUCCUAAUUUAAUGCCCUCCAGUUAUCCAAUAUCACUCUUCUCGCGUAUUGUCUGUGGUUUGUUGUGCGCAGUAAUAGUUAUGGUUGCUGACUUUUACUUCCUAAUUAGAAAUUUCAGUUUAUUGGAGAAAGUUUAUGGGUGAUUCUUAAAUUGUAAUGUUAUGGGAGUUUCAGAUUUAUUGAUAGAUAUUUUUUGAUAUCUCGUACAAAUUUGUGCAGCCUUUCCAACUGUUUUUUUCUUCGAUAAACCUGCGGCCGAAUGCACCUUCCAGAUUUCCGCUCUCAGUUCCGUCUAUCAAUACUUCCAGGACAAUAAGUAACAUGAAAUGUUGGUUCUCUAAUAACCUUUGUUCUCUGUUAUGACUUACUAUUACUAACUCCUACAGCCCAAAUUAACCCAAUACUAAAAUCAUUAAUACCGUUGGCGUAGAACGCUCUUUCCCAACACAAUAAACGGUAGAUCGCGGUUCAAUAUGCUUAAAGGUUGCCAAUUGUUGGAUAGUACUCCACGAGUGCAUCAUAUCGACAUCUGACUUGAGUUUAUUGUUUGUUGACAUUGUAAUAAUCGUCUUGUUUUGGGAAAUAUGUGCCUACUGAUGAACUAGGUUUCAUGUACACAAGAAUGUGAAUAUGAGAGGUUUGCUGACUGAAUAGAAAUGCACGACAAGAGCUAGUUAUCUAACGGGACACAGUCAUACUAUGGAACAUUCUGGUCACUCCACCCCAUAAAAAGACAGCUACUAAGACUGAAAGAUAUCGAAACUCUAUUGUUUCCAAACGUUUAUAUCUUCAUAGAGCAUCUGGCGUGCUUACACCUCAUAAAUAAACGUUAGAGUCAGAUUUCUU